GACCGCGAACAGACGGUCAACGCGUAUAACAAAAACUAUAAUACAAAAAGUGUUGUUCAGUUGAAGAAUUGAAUUUUUAAAACAUCCACGCCGUGUGGUAAAAUUUGGUUUAUUGAGUUUGAAAGAACGUGGUUAUGUACCUAUAGUUACUAUACCCAUUCGGUGUUAUGAAUGUUGUGUAUUAUGAACUACAUUUAAUUAUAACGUGUGUACGUUCGUCCCAUUAAUAAAAUUUCAUAAACAAUAGCACCUGUUGUAGUUGUGUGUUGUAAAUUGAAUAUUUUUUCGGAUUAGGAGUGAGAAGAAAGAGAAGUCUUUGAGUCAGUUGCUUCAAUCGUGGAUUAUAGAUCUUGUGCAUCAUUUGGCUCGUUACUGGAAACAUCAAAAGCAAAAACGCUCAAUCUAGCUAAAUACAUCAGAAACGUUAAAUCGACAAUUUCAUUAAACUUUUAUGUUUUGUGGUUUUUAAUAGUUACAUUUUUAAAGUGACCUCACCUUAUUACACAUGCAUGAUUUUAAAUAAUUUAUUUGUGUUUGCUGAACUAUUAUAUGUGGCUCUGUGUUAUAUGUGACGUUGACAAGUUUUUUUUCCUAAUAUUUCUCACAUAAAAACAAUAUACAAAUAACGAAUAAUUUGAAGAACUGGUCUGUGUGUUGGUAUAUCAUUGUGUUUCUCAACCAUAUACACAACACUGAAGAAGAGAAAAAAAAAACGUACACAACGAUGAGUGCGGUUUGUUUGCAUUUUAUUGUAUAAUGAGAAAUAGAAUUUAUUGAGCAAAAAAUAAACAGAAAAUUGAGUUAAAAAAUUGUUAACCAACAAAAAACAAAAAUUCCGAUAAAAAUUUUGUAAAAGUGCGGUUCUCGCGGUUCUUGUCGUCUCAGUGUUUAAAAACGAAAAAUUAAAAAAAAAAACUUUUGUGGUAAAAUUUGAAUUGUAUUGUAUCAAUGAAACGAGUCCGAAAAAGUUUGAUGUCAACAUAAAACUGAUCGAGUGAAUGAAACAGAACGUUUUGUUUUUGGUGGAUUAAUUUCGUUUUUUUGGAAUUUGAAUUUCAUUUCGUUUCGAGAACCGAAAGUUUUACAUUUGGAAUUAAAACAGACCGACGUUGUAGUCCCAACGAACCAUUUCGCAAGUCAAUUAACUAUGCUGGAAAAAUGGCCGGUCCGAAGCCAGCACUGUAUGCAUCUGCUGUUACGGCUGUAGGAUUCGUCUGUCUAGCACUGUCUGCCACAGCCGUUGGCCUACCAAUAUGGGGAUAUUUUGAAUAUAUAGCUGGUGGAUGGGAUUCGGAGCGAGGAUAUUUCGGGCCGUUCAGAACGUGUAAAAAGCUUAACUAUGGCCGAGAAGUGUGUGGAGACUUUAAUUUUAGACCGCACGUCGGAGUGUACAUCAGUGGUGUGUUAGCAGCGAUUGGUUGUGCAUUUUUAGGACUAUUCUCCAUACUAUCCGUAAUACAACUGUCGAUGAUUUCGUCGAGAGAUAAAGUUGUAAUGUCAUACAAACCACUUGUGAUAAUUAAGUUAGUCUUAGCCAUAGUAUCAGCUAUUCUGGCAACAGUUGCAGCGAUUUUGUUUGGAUGGGAGAUCGAUAAUGUCGACGUUGUUAACAGGAACUAUGUGCUAUCGAGAGGAGUUUCGUUUUAUUUACAGAUUAUUGUCAUUGUUAUCACAAUAAUACUGGCUGUAAUGUCUGUCUACGACAUACUACUAGCUAAACAGCCAGGCGGUGAUCCAACGAUGCCCAUUCCCAUUCGUGCUGGACCAGCAACUACUUACAAUAAUCCAGGAUUCAGAGACGGACGACCGACUAAUGGUGCUUCGGUGUCUGUGACGGAUGCAUCGGGACGGCCAUACGGUGGAUUCGUAAACGGUAGCAUGGCGUCAAUGAAUACGACGCUAACGAGUGUAUCGAAUGGAUCGACGGUGGAUGGUUCGGUGACACGGUCACCACUACGGUCGAGUCUGAAAAAACCGAAACCAAAAGACGGCCUGGGCAUACAAAAUCCGGGCUAUUCGGGAUCAUCACAAUCGCCUACAAUGAACCGGAAUGGAAGCAUGAAGAAAGUGCGCAUACAGACUCACAGUACGGAAGUGUGAAUGGACUGGGACAAGUGAUUGUUUUUAGCGGCAAAACGAGAACGGUUAAAGAGGGAAAGUGUAUUAGGAGUGUUGAGUGUGUGACAGAUAAAGUUGACUUUUUCUUCGGUCUUCCAAACGACAUUUUAUUGAUGCGACAUUGAACUGUAUAUUUAAGGAACUCAGUACAAAAUGUGUACAUAAUAGGAAGCAGUCGAAACUGACAAAUAGUUUUUAGGUAAAUGAAAUUUAAAUGGGGAAAGCUCUCCAUAAACUCUCCGAAGGCUAUUCUAUCGAAGCUCUUCCACGCCUUGAGCCGCUUAACACUUCAGUGCAAUGCGAUGGAAAUUUUCGCCUUUCCUCAAUUAAGUGCUGACGUCGAAAAAACUCCAUCAAAAGCAUGAUCGAGUGUCUUACAUCACAGAAUUAUUUACGAGCCGUAAAGGGAUCACACAACGAAAGACGACAGAUCACACAAUAAGUUGAUUUUGUUCAACGAACUUGUCCAGCAAACGAUUCCUUUGUAUUCGAUUCCGUCAAAUUGAAAAUCCCCAACCAGACUGGUUUUCAGCUGACAUUAUACCAUGCAUGCAUACCAUAUUCACAAAUGAUCGAUCGAAGGAAAAUACCGAGUAGCUUCUAGUAACCAGGAUCCAUUAAAUCAUUAAAUCUGUUACUUCUGCUGUGUAACAGUGUUUCAUGCAAAAUCUCUUACUUCAUUUGUUUUGAUACUCGUUUCGCUUAAAGCAUACCACCAGUGACGCAUUCAUGUUCAUUUUGGCAGUCUUUUUCGAUAACAGAUGUGAUGAUAGACUUUUACGGUUAAUACAGUUCGACUCUAUGCUUCAAAGUCUGUCAAUUUCUGUAGAAAAAUUUCAUUUUUUUUUCGACUUUCUUCUGGUCUUUUUUCAAACCAUUCAUAAUACCAGUUGGGGUGAUAACGAACCAUUUGGUGAAUUGGAGUGGUACCUUCUUUAGCUGGAGAGCGCCUUGGAGAAUUCCGAUUAAACACCUGAAAAAUUAUCUUAUAAUGGAUGUAACAACGACCAGGGAGCUGGAAACUAAGAAUCUUUGAUCAAUGUAUCUACUUCUUCAGAAGCAGUCUACCGCAACUCACAUAUAUCUAUCGAUGAGCGUCAAAGGCAAAGAGUAUUUCAACAACCCUAAAUGUGUUUAGAGUCAUAAAAUUACGCCAAGUUGUAGACCGAUGCCCCAUACGACAAUUAAGUCGAUUAUAUACCCACAGCUUGAAACCUAUGCCAUAUUAUUACAUACCCGAUAC